GAGUAAAUUGCCUGGCUUGGACCAACUUACGAGCCAGCAUCAGCGCGUUUCCACCUGGAACCCCACAUCUUACUCGCCGCAGGAUGUGAAACCUGUUUCCCGUGAUCCACGUUCCUAUCCGCAUCGUGUUAACGGGAUGGCAUCACCAGCACACUUAUCGAAAGGUGAUCAAAAAGAUCGUGGGCCCCUCGUGUCUGAGGACACUGAUGAUGAAUUGUAUCAAUCCGCAAAGUCCGAUGAUGGAGAAGAUCAUAUGGACGUGGAAGACUCCCUUCCUCACAAUGAUGCUCGUGACCUUGUCCAGUCAAUCAAAAGGAUGUAUCGGGUCCUGGACUUAAUGAGUGAACAAGGGAGCGAUGGGCUAGUGGACAAAAUCAUCAUUGCGCAAGAUUCACUCCAGACAUUCACCAAUACCAUUAGUCCCGGUGCAUAUGUGUCUAUGACGAACGUCAACUUCAACGCGUUGGAUGGCCUAAUUGUGAAGCCUAUUGGCGUUUAUGGGAGUAAAGAGGAGAUAGUGCGACUCUUGUUGUCUCUCGGUGUUGUCAACGACCGCAUAGCAGCACAGCUUGUCGCGAACCACAGCGAGUCCAGCAUUUCAAAGCCAAGCCUUCGUUCUGGACUUUACAUUGUCCGAACAAAUGGUGAAACUACCUCGGAUGAACAACUGUUCGUCGUCUACUGGCCCGAGGAUAGCACUUGGGAUGACUCAGCUCCUUCCUCCGUGAAACGCACCCGUGUUACCUUCAUGCGAUACCUUACGACGAUGUGUGAUCAAGUCGUGGCACUUAUCUCCCCCGAACAUGCCCGCUCCGUUGUAUGUAUUGAACAGGAAGGCGAAGACACCAUGGAAAUGGACGAAAACGAAGACGAGUCCGAUAGAAUGUUCACGUUUGAAGUCAGGAAAACCAACGAGCAGGAAGAGGCCAUAAAACCACGUCCUGGAUUCAGGGCUACGUCCGAUUACAUAGCCAUGCCUAAGCCUCACCCAGAGGCACCAGUGGAUGUCGAACUGCAUAAGCCUUGGUUGUUACACGGCGAGAUUACUCAAGCGUUCAUGACAACCAGCUAUCUGCCCACCAGGCGGAUCACUGAACCAUUGAAGCGCACGUCGAUUACUCGCCUCCAGUUAGGCGAUUGGUUGCAUAACGACAGUUUGCGGAUAAACGAGAACCUAGAUUUCAAUGCAGUGCGCCUUUUACUGGAUGCAGGCCUUUGGAAUCGCUUCCCGCAAUUGUGCAAUCAAUGGCAGCAAGAGUCUGCCGAUAUUUCAUCGAAUUUCAGGACAACCAACACAUCCACAGAGGCCAAUAUCAGGACAAACCUGGAGAAUGACUCGCCCCUUCUGACUCGCAUUUUCCACAGAGUAUUGGGUGACGCCAUCAUUCAGAAAAUUCCCACAUUCGCUCAUGAUUCCUUCCCUUGCCCCACCGUCAGCAAGCAGGGCUACCCUAUUACGCAAGGACCGGUUGGACCUGCCAUUGCUCCUUCCAUACCCGAUGGCUCUUUUCCUCAUUUCACGGCGAGCCCGCAGCAUAGCUCCGAGGUCCAAGAUCAACUUCCAGCUAUCAUUGAACUAUAUCCGGAAAUAGGGGAAGAACUUCGUCACACGGUGCAAAAGUUGUGCACCGGGAAGGUUAACAGUCGUGAUUUCAAGAACUACAAGGAACGAGUUUAUAUCGCUCAAAACCUACUUCGUCAAUUUCCCGACAUCGACGAAGACUGCUUGAAUGUCAUCCUUCACAAGGACAUGCGGCACGUCAAGGAAUCGGUCAGGAAGAUAGCACAAAAUGCUGCCCCGCAUCAGCAGUCGAAGGGAUUAAUAAACAACGCUUUGAGUGGUAUUAAUUCCCUCAUCUCGUCUGUACAAGACUCCCAGUUCGUCGAUAAGACACUCAAAGAUGCAGAGGCUGCCGCAACUGCUAUCAGUGACACUGGGUUUCUCGCUGGAUUGGAUGACAUCGAGAAGCUCCCUGCCAUGAAAACAGUCGUCGCGAAUAUCAGGGCUGCUGCCUUGGAGCACUUCAGAUCACUUCUAACGAUGCAAACAACAGCUUUGACUCAAACGGCGCUGCGCAUACAAUUCAAUACAUGUGUUGCCCAAGCUCACAGAGAAGCGUUCAGCAGUGAAGAGCGACAACUGGCUGAAUCACGAAAGAGGUUCAUCGCUGAAAUCAAUGCCCAUUCACAGGCGGGCUCUCAUUCGCACACCUUUAUUAUCAAUGCCAUUGAGAACGGACGAGGCUAUUACCUUGUAGCGUCUUCGGUGCAAAUAACUGGUUCAAGGGAAUCUUUCGAGGAGCCAAAGCUGAAAUUCACGGUUCACCCCAUGCAAUUGACAACGCAGGAUUUACAUUCCUUGCAGUUGGAUUCCAGCACGAUCCCUUCACCAAAGUUCAGGAAUCCGUUCUCGUUCAAGUUAUGCAUGGGUCAUUCAGUGGUGAGAGCGCAGCUGCUUCCAGGCGAGAAGAUCUUUCUCGCAACGACUGAUCGGUCUGGAAAUCUGACGGUGUAUUUGGAACACCUCACUGCUAUUGAGGGCGCCUUGGCUCACGGCGGCCGCGGGAAGAAGCUGAACCGCGAUAAAAUUGGCGAAUUCGUUCUAGCUUUUGAUGAGUCGAAGCGUGUGCUCAGCGUUGUUGCCACAGAGAAGCUCUUGUUACACAUCUACGUUUACGAUGAUACUCGAAUCGGUUUCCAGGCCAACGGCAGUGCGAUCAACUUGACGCAAUGGUAUCCUGAAGGGACCUCCAUUAAGCAUGCAUCUUUCAUCUGCGGCGGCGAAGAAUUGCUGCUCGUUGAUUCAUCGGCACAAGCCAGAGUUUACUCCCUGACGACGAUGCAGUUCAGGCCUGCAACGCUCAAUCUCAAACAGAUUCCAACGGCAGUUUACUCGACGCCAGAUGGUUCUUGCUUAAUCGCGGCUCAUGUACGUGGGUCUAACUUGACAUUGACCGCCUACCACUGGAGCACCUUCGGCUCAACGGAUGGGAUACCGCUCGAGAUCCCUGAUCUUCCAUCGGACCAGCCACUGCUUCUGACGUCGCUGACUAACCGUAAUAUCGUGCAUUUGGUCACACUCGAGAUUGACACCCAAUCAUGUCGGUCCAUCGCUCUUGAUAUCACCCGGAAAACGACAGAGUUCACCUUCAAAGCAAAGGACACCCGAGGAGGGAAAGAAAAAUCAGGGAACGUAGCUGCCCACAGCUGUCUCAUUGAUUGUCACGCCGAAGUAUGGACUCGCUUCCCGGUUCUUACCGCCAUCCAGCGGGAAACGAUUACAUCGUCUAGUACAAGGUGUCAGCGAGCGUUCGUGGUCAUUACCGAUCAGGACCAUCAUAAAUUCGUGCCGCACUUUCAUGAUCUUAUUUCAACCUUUGAAAGGACAUCAAGGAAGCCAACUGGAAAUCUUCUCAAGAGAAUUGAUGUCUCUUCAAUGACAUACUCUGCUUUUCACAAUAGUCACCUUGGAGGUGCAGAGUGGAACGUGUCAAAAUUUCGCGCUGGGGAGUGGCUGGCAGAGUUCCUCUGCCUCAUUCCUAUCCAAAUCGCUGUGACAAAGGAAAAUCGUUUCAUUCCACUCAAAGACGGGGUGUAUUCUACGCAGCUGGAGAAGUCCCUUCUCGGCGCGGAUGUUAACCGCAUUGUCGAUCACCUGUCUUUUGGUUGGUACGAAUCGUUGUUCCAGUCAUACAUGGCCAAAAAGCCUGUCAAAGUCGUGUCAUCUAUGGGUGAACAAUCGGUGGGGAAGAGCUUUUCUUUGAACCAUUUCUUGGAUACAUCUUUCGCUGGAUCAGCAAUGCGCACGACAGAAGGAGUAUGGAUGUCGGUGACUCCGACCAAUGAUGCUCUUGUGGUUGCUUUAGAUUUUGAAGGUGUCCAUAGUAUUGAGCGUUCCACUCAAGAAGAUACCUUGCUCGUCCUUUUCAACACUGCAAUAUCUAACUUGGUGCUAUUCCGGAAUAACUUUGCCUUGAGCCGCGAUAUUACAGGACUAUUCCAGUCAUUCCAGUCGAGUGCGACUGUUCUAGAUCCAGCAGCCAACCCGAGUCUAUUUCAAUCGACAUUGGUGAUCAUCAUCAAAGACGUCGUGGAUUCAGACAAAGACGAUAUAACUAAAGAGUUCGCUCUCAAGUUUCAGAAGAUUGUCCAGGAUGAACAGGAGGCCAACUUCAUUUCUCGCCUUCACGCCGGACAGUUGAACAUAGUCCCAUGGCCGGUGAUUGAGUCGCAGGAAUUUUACAAGCUGUUCCCAACCCUUAAGCGUCGAUUGGACAAGCAGAAACUCACUCAUAAUACAGCAGGAGAGUUCCUUCACGUGAUGAAGACCUUGAUGGCGAAACUGAAGGCAAAUGAUUGGGGCGCUCUCUCACAAUCGAUGGCCUCGCAUCGAGCACAACUUCUUUUAGUUAUGUUGCCCAACGCUCUGACAUAUGGACUGCAAGAGGUUCAUCCUGAUUCGGAACCUUUGAAGAACCUGGAUGACGGUGCCCCGAUUGACAUGCCCGACACUUUGUCGGAAUUUUCGUUGGCGGGGGGACAGCAAUCUUCUUCUCGCGAGGCCGCUCUGCAGGUCCUGUAUCAUGCAUGGGAAGGCUAUGAUUCUCGCCAUCACGUGGCGGAUGUUGUUUGGAUUGCGAAUUUGACCGCUCAUAUCGACAGUCUGGUCAAUUUGCGCGUCGCCCACGUUCGCGAAUGGAUAUCAUCGAACGUCGCUCGUUUUGAAAGCGGGCAAGCAAGCAUCGGCGAGCUCAUGAGAACGUUCGACAGUGCAAUAAUAGAUUUAAAGAGCAACUUGCAGCUGUGCAAGCUGAAAUGUGCAAGCUGCGAGCUACUCUGCGUUCAGAGCAGAUUGCACGAUGGACAGCAUAAUUGCCAGACUUCUCAUGUUUGCAUACAUUCUUGCGAUUUCUGUGAGUUAUUUGGAGAGGCCAAAGCUUGCUCGAUGCCAGCGGGACAUCCAGGCAAUCAUAUAUGUGUUGUGGAUGCGCAUCUCUGUGGUCAAGUUUGCAAACUCUUCGGGAGACAGGGAUGUCUAGAUGAGUGUACCAAGGUGAUCGGGCACGCAGACAACGACCACCUGUGCGCUGCUACUUUGCAUUCCUGCGGUCAGCCCUGCAAUCUGUCGAACCUUAGGUUGGCUGACGGAUCCACUCCACCUUGCCUGGGUACUUGUGGCAUUCCGAGUGACGUGGACCAUGACCAACACCGAUGCGAUGCUCGACUUUGUUCUUUCCCCUGCCAGCUUUGCAAGAGACUUUGUGCGAGUACUGACCAUCUUCACGGCUUGCAGGACGGCGCUAUUCAUCUCUGCGGGGAGGAACAUCCCUGUCCCAUGCAGUGCACUGCCGAUGGCAUCUGCGAAAUCGACACUGCGCCACAAUCGAUCGAGGCGACGUUCACAGGAAAGCACGAGACGUUUCAGUACACGAAGUAUUCGCAAGUGGCUAAACGACUGAGAUGUACCAAGCCAAUACCACCGGGCCUGGUGGUUCAUGAGGGUCAACACAACCAUAGUUUGGACGAAAGAGUGGUACAUUUUUGCAGAGCAAAGUGUGAGCACUGUGGAUACUAUUGUACAUUGCCGCUAGGUCAUCCGCAACAAGAGCACGAAACCAGACACGGAUCUAUGUCUUCAUCACAAUGGGUAGUCGAUGGCCCAGAUGGUACAAGUCUCGAGGUUGAAGGCCGAAACUUCUCCUCGAACGAUGAGGGUGCACCCAUGAUGUGCAACAUUGUCUGUCAGGCGUUGGGUAGACACGUCCACGUUGGCUACUGUCGAACGCAGGAUGCUACCUCGUGCACAUUGAAUCCUGAAGCUCUGCAUAUCCCCAACCUGAAGAGACUUUUACCAAACCCGGACCGUCCCAAAGACUUUUUGACACACAAUCUCUUCUGGAGGCAGAGUGGCUUCAAAGACCCGUACUCCCGGGAGGAACAAGCAAUCUUUGCAAAAUGUGAUGCCAUGUGCAGCGGUCCUGAACACACAGCUGCAGAGGGCAAUGCCGCUCAGCCCUCUUUUUGUACUUUGCCUCUCUUUCACGUUCCAAUGGAUCCAAAUAUCCCCCCAGCGAGCCUCGGAUACGUCUCAAAUGAUGGGCAUUUUUUCUCUUGCAGGAAUCCCGUAGUUAUGCAGAAAGCGUUCCACCGCAUGCUGAUUAUGGAUAGAUCUAGGUCCAUGCUUAGGAGGGAUCGACAACCUCUCAGGAAUACCCCCGCUUCAGACAAAAUAAUCCAAAGCUCUAACAACAGGUUUGGCGCUGUUCUGUCGUCCUUGUACAGCUUCUGGUCUGCCCGAGCUGCAGCAGUCGCUGGUCAACAAGCAGCCAGACGAGACUCAUACAGCGUUAUCCUGUUUGACCAGUCGGUUGUGGAAGCCGUGGUGAACGAUUUCUCCAGCUCACCUGACCAACUGCUAGACGCUGUGCUACGUUAUCAAACUUCGGCAGGCACGAACUUCACUGCUGCCAUUAAACGUGCCCAAUCAGUCAUGGAGCGACACUGGAGCACAGAGCGAACACCUGUAAUCAUAUUUCUGUCAGAUGGAGAGAGCCCUAUCGAGGACCAAACGGUUCAAGAUUUAUGCCGUGCUGCAGUCCGUCUUGGAAAUGCAUUAUCCUUCCACUCCGUAUCAUUUGGCCGAGAUGUAAAUUCUUCGUCAUUGAGAAGAAUGUUCCAGAUCGCUCUCGAAGCCCAGAACAAUGCCCCGCGAGACCCCUUGGCUCGCGCGGCAGCUACUAUUGCAUCCACAUACUCAGAAGCUUUAGAUACGGUUCAACUUGCUGAAACAUUCCUUGGAAUCGCUAAUUCGCUCACAAAACCAAGAGGAUUUCUUAUUAGCAACAAGGACACGUAAGAUUUCAGAAGGAAUACAUAAAUGUCGUUUGAACGUUUCGGCUCGAUGUGUUGGCUAGAUGAUUCAGUGUACAAUACUAGUAGUACUGCCAGGUUCCAAAAAAUACUUCAGACGAUGUCCGCUGUGUGACUCGGAUCCGAGCAAAGUCUAAGAGAG